AUGGUGGUCGUGAAUGGGCGGUCUGACGGUGUGAUUCUGGUGUGGAGACGGUUCUCGGUUGCUGUGGAGAGGCCGAAGACACCCUCGGCUGGAGCUGUUGCUGGUGGCCGCUGCUGCUGGCGGCGUGAAGAGGGGAGGCCGGGUGAUUGGUGCUGGGACUGGUGCUGCUACUUUUGGCCGGAGAUGGAGAGUGAUGGCAGCUGCAAUGGACGGGCUACUGGAUGCGGGGCAGCGACGGGACAGAGGAAUGAGAGACAGAGAGGAUGGAAGAAGAAGAAAGAAGAAGAAGAAAAGAAACAGCUUUUUGUUUUCUUGGUGCUGCCUUGCCUGCUGCGAAGUUGGGGUAGUACUACUAGCAUGGCCAUCUCAACUUUGUCACGCGUCAUGGAUACGUUCUCCCUUAUUCUCAUUCUGGGGUUGCUUUCUUAUAAUAUUGAUUCCUCAAAGGCGGAUGAUUUUAACGUCCUAAAUAGUGGAGCUGCCGGCGAUGGCAUCAGAGACGAUUCCCAAGCAUUCCAAAAGGCUUGGAUUGCUGCAUGUGCUGCAACUACAAACAAUCCGACAGUGGUGGUACCAGCGGGGAUGAAAUUUUUAGUGAAGCCAGUUGGCUUCAAUGGGCCCUGCAAAUCUCCUACCAUCACUUUUCAGGUGAAUGGGGAAAUUAUGGCACCCGAUUCGCCUGGAGCAUGGGCCAGGCUUGAUCAGAGUCAGUGGUUGGCUUUUAAAGGUGUACAAGGUCUCCGGUUUAGUGGACCGGGUUCAAUCAAUGGCCGGGGCCAAGGCUGGUGGAAUCAAAACUGUAGGGAUGAUCCCUCCUUGGCGGUGAAGUUUCUCUCAUGCAAAGAUCUAAGUAUCACAAAUUUGCACUUUGUGGACUCUCCCCAAUCGCACAUGUUACUGAUGGAGUGUAACUCUGUGUAUGUAAAUAAUUUGAACGUGAAGGCUCCAGGCUUAAGUCCCAACACCGAUGGUAUUCACAUACAAAGUGUUACCGACUUAACCAUUUCCAAUAGCAUCAUAAGCACCGGCGAUGAUUGUGUUUCCAUUGGUGAUUACACUUCUAACAUCAACAUCACCCAUAUUAUGUGCGGACCUGGACAUGGAAUAAGCAUUGGAAGCUUGGGUAAGGAUGGAAAUGUUGUACGAGUAGAGAACAUUCAUGUGAGUGAUGUUAACUUCACAAGAACUACCAAUGGAGCUCGUAUCAAGACAUGGCAGGUUGGGAAAGGAAAUGUUCGAGGGGUCUCAUUCCAGAACAUCAAGCUUAAUUCUGUGGAAAACCCGAUAAUCAUAGAUCAAAAUUACUGUGAUAGAAGCACCUGCAUAGAACAACCAACUGGGGUUCGUAUAAGUGAUGUGACUUUUAGGGGCAUCACAGGUACUUCGAGCACUUCCGUUGCAAUUAAUCUAAAAUGCAGUCAUGCAGUUGCUUGCACUGGAAUAGUGUUGGACAAUAUUCAACUUACUUCUAAUAUUACCGGACAAUCAAUCACUUCCAACUGUGUCAACGCAUAUGGAGCAAGUGUUGGAGUGGUGCGACCCGUGGAUUGUAUCAAACACUAA